CUCAAUGGUUUCUGGGGCCGCCACGGGUGCUGAUCCUCAAUCUCCCUACUGCGACAUCAUCCUCGACCACUUGAACCCUUGCCUUCCCUAUAUACUUCAAGGUGAGGUGAAGCCAGCCAAGGUUUGCUGUGAUGGUGUCCUGGGCCUCACACAGUAUACAAACGCCAAGGGAGGCCAACAAAAUAUAUGCGACUGCGUCAAGGCUGCAGCAAUUUUGAUGGGGGCACCUGUUGAUAAUUUCUCUAAGAUUUCUUCUCUUCCCAAAACUUGUGGCCUAUCGGUCACACUUCCACCCAUCUCUAGCGGCACUGAUUGUUCCCAGGUUAAGUGAAGAUUUGAUGGAAGGGGUAUUGCUUCAACAGACAACGGAAUAAAUGAAUAAUUUGUCUAAUGAAUAAUUUGUGCAAUGGCUGCCUAUAAUGAAUACAUAGCUUAUGUGAUCAUAUGAUCAUAUGUCUUUUUCUUUGAAUUAAUCACAUUCUUAUCUUCUUCUUCUUCCUUCCUCACGUAGCUACCACAUCGUGGUGUCCCACAUGCACUUCGAUUCCUUCUCCGCCCAAAAAAAACACACCAACUCUCACGUUGGGGAUAAAUAUAUAAACCUAUUUAAU